AGGAAAGUGACUAGGACUGGAGUCUGGCCUUAGCCUCCGGCUUGCGAAGUUUCCGCGUCUUCCUGUCUUCACUCUGGGCUCAGAGGAGAAGCGAAAGCGAUUCGUUUUUUUUCUCCUCCUUCUCUGGCCUCCAGUAGACAGCGCCACUACUGCACCCCACCCCACCCCUCCCCGCCCCACUCAACCCCCGGCUGCCGGCGCUGUAGCGGAGGCAGCGGCCAGCGAGCGAGGAUGUUCGCGGCGGGGCUGGCUCCCUUCUACGCCUCCAACUUCGGCCUCUGGUCGGCAGCUUACUGUUCCCCGGCCGGCGCCGCGGGCUGCUCCUUCCCGCUGGAUCCAGCCGCGGUUAAGAAACCCUCCUUUUGCAUCGCAGACAUCCUACACGCGGGUGUGGGGGAGCCGGGGGCAGCGGCCGAGAGCCUCUCUGGGGGCUCCUCCACAGCCCUCACGGCUCACUUGGGCUCAGUCCACCCCCACGCUCCAUUUCAAGCUGCCACGGGAUCCCCCUUGCGACCCACUCCAGUGGUGGCGCCCCCCGAAGUCCCAGCCGCUUUCCCCCAGAGGUUGUCUCCACUCUCGGCCGCCUAUCACCAUCAUCAUCAUCACCAGCAGCCGCAGCAGCAACAGGCGCAGCAGCAACAGCCCCAACAGCAGGCGCCACCGCCACCACCACAUCGGCCUGGGGCCAUCCAGCCCCAAGCCCCCGGGGCCAGGAUGCUUGCGAACCCUCAUCACCAUAACGGCUCAACUCCAGCCCCGUCCAGUAAGGACCUCAAGUUUGGGAUUGACCGAAUAUUGUCUGCGGAAUUCGAUCCCAAAGUGAAGGAAGGCAACACUUUGAGAGAUCUUACCUCCUUACUAACCACCGGCCGGCAAACGGGGCUUCACCUCCCGGCUUUGCAGCCUUCUGCGGGCCACUUCUUCGCGUCUCUAGAUCCUAUUAACGAGGCCUCUGGUAUCCUGAGUCCUUUAAACUCAAACCCGAGAAGUUCAGUUCAGCACCAGUUUCAAGACACUUUUCCAGGUCCCUAUGCGGUUCUAACGAAGGACACCAUGCCGCAAACAUACAAGAGGAAGCGUUCUUGGUCUCGCGCGGUUUUUUCCAACCUGCAGAGGAAAGGUUUGGAGAAAAGGUUUGAGAUUCAGAAGUAUGUCACGAAGCCGGAUAGAAAGCAGCUAGCCGCGAUGCUGGGCCUGACAGAUGCGCAAGUGAAGGUAUGGUUCCAGAACAGGAGAAUGAAGUGGCGCCACUCCAAGGAAGCACAGGCCCAGAAAGACAAAGAGAAGGACCCGACUGAGAAGCAGCCGGGCGUUGCUCCGACUGCUGAGUGCGAGAGAGAGGACAGGAGUCCCAGCCGGUCGGAGGGGGAGAGCGAGAGCAGCGAUUCAGAGUCCCUGGACAUGGUCCCCAGCGACACGGAAAGGACUGAGGGGACUGAGCAACUCUUACACCAGACCAGCGUCAUUAAGUCCUCAUCUUCUUCCUCUUCCACUUCCUCGUCCUCCUCCACCAGCCCCAACACCACGACCACCACGACCACCACGACCACUACCACGAGCAGUAGCAGCAGCAGUAAUAGCAUGAACAGCAGCCGCAGCCCCGAGCUGCAGACGCCGCUGCCUCUCCAUUGCACAGCUAACGGAAGCCCAGAGCCUGCUCCGCUUGGAGGCCUAUAGGCUGGCCUGGCAGCUAGUCGGCUGGCAGAAGGAAGACGUGCAUGACUGUGGAGGGUGGAGGGAUCCUUUUUGUGAACUCCCUGGCAUGUUGGUCUUUCUUGCUAAUUUAUAUCAAGGACCAGGUAUUACUAACAGGACCACGGUGGCCUAGGCAAUGGCGGAACCCCCUUUCUGUACAUAUUCUCUCUGCCUCCUUUUGUGUGACUCUCACUAUCCCGGGGCUUUCUCUUUAUACUAAGAGGGACUCUCAGAUACUGAUUGAUACCCCUCCCUCCAACACGAUCCAACACUUACUCAACGCAAACAAGUCUUUAAAAUGGGAGGGUGGUGGUGGAGGAGAGAGGCGGGAAGAAACACUUUGAAGUGUUUUACAUAACUGUCUCUCCUCCCCCCCCCCCCAAUGGUCGCGUUGCUUUCUGUAUUCUGGCCCAGGUCUUGCUGCACUGGGAACA